CGUUGUCACCUUCUUUUGGCUUCUCUUUAUUUUGCUUUUACAUUAUUCAUCCACAAAAAAAAAAACAAUUUUCCUUCAAGAAAUAUAAUUUUUUAUUUCUUUCUUUCUUGUUUUCAAUUAUGCUGGUUCUCUUACAAGCAAAUGAACGACUUAUCAUCAAAAUGUCGUUCAGCAAAAGCUUAAAAAGAAACGAACUGAUUUGAUUGAUGGCAUAUAUUGUUGGUGAUCCUUUAUCAAACAAAUAACUUAUUAUCCGUAGCUAUCCUUUUUCGUUGUUGUGUACCGCUCAUGCCAACACCAACAAUGAAAACAAAGUCAUACAAUGUAUGAGACGAUGUUAGUAUAUAAGACUGUACUAGGGGAGUCAAGAGCAAAUGACUUGGGAGCUAUGCAAAAAAAAAAGAGAAAAGAAACAAAAGAAACAAGUGAAUGUUACAAAUGAGUAGAUUAAGGCAGCCCCUAAACAAAAAAAAAGGCAGCCGCGAAACAAGGAUCAUGGUGCGAGAAUAUAUGCACGGUUUGACACUAGUCAUGAGUCAUGACUCGUAAUGUACUUCAUUUACUAUUUUAAUGUCCUCUUCUUCUCAUGAACAUAAAAUAGAGAGUAACUGUAGAAUAAAAGGGGCAAUUAACUUCGUACAUGUGAGUCUGUGACAUAGUCUUAAAAGGAUAGUAGUCGACACGAGGUUUUAAGCUACAGGAUACUACGAUUGCCAAGGUAUUGGCGGUUCAGGGAGGCCACAGAGCAGAACGAUAAAUUUAAAAUAUUUCAAAGAAAAUAUUGUACUCCAUAUAUAGUUAUAUACAAAUAGGGACCUAUACAAAUUUAUGUAAAGUGUUAUAAAGUUUCUGCUAUAUUGCGCACGAAAUGUUAUGGCCACCGCUCUUUUUGAGGCUACUGGCUAGUGAUUAGUAGUGGAUUAAACAUGAUUAGCAGCAAUGUAUGAUUAAAUUGUUAAAUAAUUAGUAAUUUACAUCGUCAUAGUAUAGUAUGUAAUUAACAUAAAAUCUUACGGAAAUGAGACUUUGUUGGAUGCAUUAUGUUUUUUUUCUUUUAUGCAACGGCUAUAGGUUUAAGAAUAUUUUGAAUUUCUGUGUCUGAUUUUAUUUUCCGUUACUAAAACUUUUUAUUUAUAAACGGUUUUGUUGUUUUCAUUUAAAAUAAACACACUUUGAAUCAUACAACAUAACCAACUGGAACAAAAAACUUAAAUAUAAUUUUGUCCUAUUUUUAAACAAGAUUACAGAAAGAUCAUAAGAAAGAAAUAUAUGACUUAUGUUCUUAAAACAUAGUCUGCAUAAAGAUGAAUAAAAGCUUCAAACCAAAAACUCAUUUCUUAAAAAAAGAAGAAUAUAAUCUUUCCCAACUUAAGGAUUAUUAAAAAUAUUUUUGUACUAACUCUUUGGUUGUAGAAUAUAUUCCAUAACACAAACUGGGAAAGUGAUUCCAUGCAUAAAACAACUAAUAUAACCAGAAUAUACCUGGGAAUAUAUUCUUCUAAACUCAAAAGGUUUAGUUUCUGUACUAGUAAUUAACGGGACAGACAAGAAAUUAAACUAAUCACCAACCCACUAAAGAAAUUAAUUUAAUUAGAAAAAAAAAAAUAGAAAAAAAAAAGUAACAACGUUGAUCGCAUCACAUGACCACUCUUUUUCUCUCAACCUUUCCCCUUCCUUUUCUCACUGUCUGUCUUCACUCUUCUGAACACAAACAAACUCUGCAAAUCUAAAGAAGUCUCUCUGUUUCUUCUCUCUUUGAUCGUAAAACCUGAACAACAGUCUAUUCCCCUUCUCUCGCAUUGUCCCCAGAAGACUCUGUAUAUGAAGUAGAGUUCUUCUUCUUCUUCUUCUUGAAUCGAAUCAAUGGGUAGAGAAGUUCUGGUUGUGGGUAUCCUCAUUCUCCUCUGUUCUGAGUUUGUAUCUUCAGCUCCUUCAGCUAACUCUCCAGCAAAGAUUGUAAGUGGGUUCAUCUCAAAUCACGGCUCUUCACUCAUGAAAUGGCUGUGGUCACUCAAAUCCACCUCCACCAAAACAACAAUUGCAACGAGAUCGAUGGUGAAAUUCGAGAAUGGGUAUUCAGUGGAGACAGUGUUCGACGGAAGCAAACUCGGUAUCGAACCAUAUUCGAUUGAGGUUCUGCCUAACGGCGAGCUGCUUAUUCUUGAUUCUGAGAACAGUAACAUCUACAAGAUCUCUUCCUCUCUUUCACUAUACAGCAGGCCGAGACUUGUUACUGGCUCCCCUGAAGGAUAUGCAGGUCAUGUUGAUGGGAGGCUACGUGACGCCAGGCUGAAUCAUCCCAAGGGACUUACUGUUGAUGACAGAGGAAACAUAUAUGUGGCUGACACAGUCAAUAAUGCUAUACGGAAGAUUAGUGAAGGAGGAGUUACAACAAUAGCUGGGGGCAAAACCGCUAGAAAUGGAGGGCAUGUGGAUGGACCAAGCGAAGAUGCAAAGUUCUCAAAUGAUUUUGAUGUUGUGUAUCUUGGAAGCAGUUGUUCCCUGCUUGUUAUUGACCGUGGAAACAAAGCCAUCAGAGAGAUUCAGCUUCAUUUCGACGACUGUGCUUAUCAGUAUGGAAGCGGGUUCCCUCUUGGGAUUGCGGUUCUCGUAGCUGCAGGUUUCUUUGGUUACAUGCUAGCUCUAUUGCAGAGAAGAGUUGGUUCUAUCGUCUAUUCUCAUGAUCAAGAAACGUUUGAAUCUGAUCAUGAUCAAAAGCCAUCCAGACCGUCUCUGAUUCCAACAGGAGAGGAGCAGCAAGAGAAACAAGACGAAAGCUUCUUGGUAUCCAUGGGGAAUCUCGCUUCAAAUGCUUGGGUGUCUGUUAUGGAGAUCUUCAGAAUAAAGCAGCCAGCAGCCACAUACCAAACAAAGCAGUCUGCUGCUGCAUUUAGCACAACAGCUCCAUGGCCUAUUCAAGAGAGUUUUGUGGUCAGAGACGAGGACGAGCCUCCUCCUGUUGAGCACAAGAACCAAACUCCAAGAAAGACCUAUGCUUUUAUGUCCAAAGACGCUGAGAAAAUGCAGCAGCUGCGUCAGAGCCGGGCGUUCUACAGUAGCAGCUGGGAAGCUGAGUUCCCAAAUCAGCAGCAGCAGAAGCAGCAGCAACAUAGAAGGCACUACUCGUCGAUCCCGCAUACUUAUUAUGAGCAAAACAGUGAGCAGACUAAUGAGAUAGUCUUUGGGGCGGUCCAAGAACAGAGCAGCAAGCGUGCAGCUAAGCCUAAGGAGUCAGGAGAGCAGAUUAAUAACAAUAAUGAUACUCAACAGAAUCUUCACUACAGAGCUCAUUCUGUUAGUUACCCAUAUGGAUACUAUCCAUAUACAUGAAAUGUCUUAUGGUUCUGUGAGAUUAUCAGUCUUAUUGAAUAAGAUUAUGGAGGGAGAUUAUUACAAAUUUUGGGUAUAGGUUGUGUUUUAAAAUUUAUUGGGAGGGAGAUUUGGAGUACUUAGAUGCUCUUGUCUUGUAAGAGAAGUUGCAGACUUUGAUUGUAUUAUAUAAAAAAAAAUGGUCUUUUUGAGAAAAUGAUUGUGUAAUUUCAUUUCGAA